CUGGACUGAAUUCUUUAAGGCUUAUAUAACGAGCUAAAUCGAAACCAAACUCUCAGUAGCUGAACGUUAACACUUCAACUCACGGGUCGGAGUCAUACAUUUACAGCAAACUGUUCCAGUAUCGCCUGUUACAACAUCAAGAAAAGAGUUCUGUUUUCCAAGGAUCACCAUGGAUACUCCACAUGACUGUGAAUCAGUUGAAGAAAUUAAAGCAGCUCUGCAAAAAAACAAUCAGGCCUUAGCUAUGGAAAAGAUCAAAGAGUAUGUGGACAAGCAGAAUAACAUUCCACUAAAUAUCGCCAUCACAGGAGAGACCGGCUCUGGUAAAUCCACCUUUAUUAAUGCCUUUAGAGGCGUAAAACACGGGGAUGCCGGAUAUGCUCCUACUGGGGUUAGAGAAUGCACCAAAGUGCCUACACCAUACACCCAUCCAAACUAUCCCAAUGUUAAACUGUGGGAUCUUCCGGGUGUUGGCGGCAAACAUUUUCCAGCUGAUCAGUACCUGAACGAUGUUGGAUUCGAGAAUUAUGACUUCUUCAUCAUCAUCUCAGACACUCGCUUCAGAGAAAAUGAUGUGAAACUCGCUCGGGAGAUCCAGAGGAUGAAGAAAAAGUUCUACUUUGUUCGCUCAAAGAUUGACAACGAUAUACGAGCUCAGAAACUGUGUCAGAGUGAGUUCAGUGAGGCCGAGAUUAAGGAACAAAUCAAGGAAGACUGCAUUAAAUGUCUUCAGGAACAAGGUAUUCAGUCUCCACAGGUCUUCCUGGUGUCCAGCUUUGAGCUCCACCUGCAUGACUUCAGUCUCUUCAUCGAGACACUGGAGAGAGAACUUCCUGAACACAAGAGGAACGCUCUGCUGUUUGCCAUGCCCAACAUCAACCAGCAGAUCAUCAACAAGAAGAAAGAAGCUUUCCAAGCCAACAUAAAGUGGUAUGCUGCUCUUUCUGCAGCUGUAGCAGCUGUACCACUUCCUGGUCUUUCUGUUGGUGUUGAUGCAGCUCUGCUGGCUCAUGUUGCCAAACAAUAUGCAGUUAGUUUUGGUCUUGACGUCCCAUCACUGGAGAAUCUGGCUAAAAGCACAGGGGUGCCAUUUAAAGAUUUCAUGGCCUCCAUCUUGUCACCACUGGCUGCAACCAAAAUAACCCCUGAUCUUAUCAUCAAGGUGUUAACUCAGUGUGCAAGCGCAGCUGCAUUAAUGGCAGCAGAGGAAGGAUCCAGAUUCAUUCCAUUCCUUGGAAUCCCAGCAGCGAUGGCCCUGUCUUUCACCACAACUUACAGAAUGUUGAAUUUUAUACUCAACGAGCUUGCUGAUGAUGCACAGAGGGUGUUUGAAAAGGCCCUGGGCUGUAACACCACAGAGUGAUAUCAUGAUAGACUGGUUUUAGAUGUACAUUUAAAGGUGCUCUGAUCAGGAUUUCUGUGGCUGAUCACUGAUCAGUGGAAGCAGUAAUGGCUGAUAUCAAUCACCAAUCAAAAGGAUGUUCCUUCACUUUAUUGUCAUCUAUAGAUGUUAUUAGUGGUGUUGUAAAUUUGACACCAAAAUGUUGAGAAAAAAAACAAUUUAUUAAAUACUGAUUUAAAGAAAAAGUUAAACUAAAUGUGAAAGUGAAAACUGUAGAAAGAACAAGUCAAUAGGACAGAUAAAAUAGGAAAGAUUCUGUGUGUCAUUCUCAGUUGUCUCAGUCUUUGUGCCCUGCAGACACUACACCACUAACCUGGCCGCUGCUCGACCUCGUUUAUUUACUGUAAACUCACUCACUCAGGAGUGACAGAAAAUGAUACUUUUCUUGAAAAGACAAUCCCAAAUCAUACAUUGAAUGGGCUGCUUCCAACUACAGUGUGUUGAUUACAAAAGAGAUCAUCUUCUCAUGUUGUUGCCAUAGUUAUCUCUCUCUCCACAGCACUGACUAGCCUCUUAGUUUGAGAUCUAACGUUACGAGAAACGUUCCUUGGUACCAACCGGUCCUUCUAUGCCCUGAGUCACUAUCAGCUUUCUGGUUGGAGCCUGUGAAUAUAUUGAUCUGGUUAAACCGAGAGGGCAGUAAAUAUCUGUACUGAUAUUAGCAGGGGUGGAGCUAGUUAGCUGUUAGCAGCCAGGGAGCAGCAGAGUCCUGCGCUGUGUGUGGCUGUGGCUUUGUAGCACAAACAAUCUGUCUCAUGUGAUUAUCUGACGGUAAAUGAACGUUUAUCAGCCGAUAACGAUCGGUGCGCUCCUGAUCAGAACACCCUUAUGUACAUUAUAAUGAACUGAAACCGGUUGUUGUAUCAUUCAGUGAGAGAGUUUGCUCAUGUCACAGAUCUGUGCAAAAACGUAUAUCAAUUCAUAUUAAUUGCUCUAAUUAGCAAGUGUGUUUUUACUGAAUGUUAUUAUUGUUGCAGCUUUUUGAAAUGAUAUUGAUCACAGUGUACAAAGUGUGACCCUUCUAACUCUUCUUUAAAUUCAAUUCAGAUUUAUAUUCAGAAAUAUAGGUUUUACAUGUGAUUUUUAACUAUAAAACAUGUUUUAUUAACUUUCUUAUUCAUUAAUGACAUUGUGUGUGUAUUCUAUGAAUCAUUCAAAAUUAAGAUCAAGUAUUUGUAUCACAGCUGUUACGCUUUAUCUAAAACAUUUUGUCUUCAGCUUUUCUCAUUUCUAUAAUAUCUGAAGCUUUUUCAGCAUCAGACAGAUUUUACUGCAGCUGUUCAGUUACUUUCUGUCCAGUCACAGUCUGUGAUGAGCAGAUCUACUGUAGUUCUCUAGAUGCAGCAUGACUCGUAAAUGUAAAUGUAAAAGACUCGUAUCACAAGUAAAUUCUUGCAAAUCAUAUCUGAAGAGGGUUCAACUGGAGCCCUUAAUUGUUUUACUGUUGAAUAUAAGUUUACAGUUACAUUAAAUCUUGAUGUCCAAAAUAAAAUGUGUUGUUGAAAUUAAAACCUGUUUGAGUUGAGUCCUCGGCAGCGACCAGUGUUUGAGUCUUGGAUGCAACCUGGGUUUGACUUCUCUUUAUUAUGUCAGGUUUUGUUUUCAUUUUAAUGACACAAUGUUAUGUGACAGUUUAGCCCCAUAGUACGACACUGACCCGCACCAGGUCUUCCACAUUCUCUCGUAUUUUCAGGUCCAUCAGCCAUUAACGGCUCUUAUGUUUCAUUUCCUCCUGACAAUGAAAGAACCUCGACUCUGAAAUGAAUUUCAGCCAAACUGUCCUGAAAGUGUAUUAAUUUGUAUUAUUUUGUGUGUUUUUUUGUUUUUGUUUUGGGUGAUGUGAUCCACUUCUGCUAUAAGACACAGUGAGAGCAUGUUAACAUUCAUCAAGUCAGUCAAAUUAUCGGUGUAUAAAAUGUAUUGGUCGAUCUCAGUGGCUAUUUUGUUAACAUAAUACUUAAUCACAAAGAAUUCUCUGUGUCCUAAUUAUACCUUGAUUAUUUUCAGUUGCUCAUUUUGAUUGACUAGCAGUUUUAUUGCUUGAAAUAUUAAAUUUCCAAUUAUAUGAACUUUC